UGGAAUUUGGCGGUAAAAACAGUAAACAAAAGAAAGCAGUCAAAGUCAUUGCCACUAGUCUAAAAUGUUGAUGUUGAAACUGCGUAACUGUUUUGGCUGUUAGUUGUAUUAUCGGAGAAUUAAUUGAUUUAACACUACAUUGUUUUGUCAUAAUUACUAAUUUAGUGCUUUUGAAUGCUAAUUAUUUUAAGUCGAAAUGCUCAAUUUAAAUUGCGUUAUUUGUGCUGAGCUGUUCGUCGCCUCAGAUGAUGUGCGUGCAACCAAUUGUGGCCAUAUGUUUCACAUAACAUGCCUAAAGCAGUGGAUGGAACGAUCGAAAUCAUGCCCCCAGUGUCGUACUAAGUGUACGGAUCGUAAUAUAUUCCGCAUUUAUUUCAACUUGGCAAAUCUGGAUGUGAGUACUAUCGACGUGGGAUCACUGCAAGAGCAAGUGGAUAAUGCCAGUCUUCAAAUAAAAAUGAAAGAAAAAGAACUGAAUAAAGCGGAACGACAAAUUAAAGAGCUUAAGGAAUGCCAAAUGAAAGCAGCGAAAACCAUUCAAGCGAUGGAGCAAAAGAUACAAAAAAAUGAUUUCGUCAUUCUCACCUAUUCGGAACAAUUAAAAAUCUUUAAGACUGAAGCAAAGAUGGCCGAUGACUUACGCAAAGAGGUGGAGCGUCUUAAGCAACAAAUCAGAAAUAUAGAAUCUGUACAAUCAGUCCUCGCAGCUACCACUGCAGAGGCAGAGAAAAUGCUCAAAAUCGAAAAAGAUCCUGUGCGACUAUGCACCUGGGUAGCAGCACUGAAGCGUGAAUUACGCACAUGCGAAACCAAGAAAACAGAUUUGCGCAAAGCUAUGAAAGUUAUGCAGGACAACUUGCGACAAGAAAUGGCCGCUAAAAGGUCUCUUGAUGAACGCAUUUCACAAUUGGAAAGUGAAAACUAUCAAUUGCAGGAGAAACUAAAGGAGCAAGAAAACAAAGGGCCAAUGAAUUUCAUGUCCGACCUUCGCAGGCCGAGCACAGAAUCUGCGCCGAUUGCUUUGCCGGAUAAACGUCAGACAUUGUCACCCGCUAUUAAGGAAAACCUGAAGAAAAUUGAAGACUCCAAUUCUCCUUAUCUCAAUAUUAAAUCCAGCAGUAUAGGUCUGCUGCCAUUAUUUAAACGCAAUCACGACCAUUUGACAGAGCGCACGGGUAUUACAACCACCAAAUUGGCGACAUUAAAAAUAUCACCAAAAAAGACUGAAAAAGACGGUGCCUCGAACGGUAGUAGCAGUUUAGGCAUGCUACGCAAAACGAAAAGUGAUAUCACAGAAAAGUAUUCUAUCAUGAAGAAACCGCGGCUGGCAAUAAGCUCUUCUUCAACAACUGCUAAACACUUUGGCAUGAAUUUCGAACAGAGUAGUACGCGUGCCGUAUCGCCCACAAAGCCAAGACCGAUUGGUAGUAAUUUGGAUAGUCGUCUAAAAGCCGGUGGCUUGCGCAAUUUUAAGUUAAACAAAUGAUGUCUGCUGGCUGACGUGCAUUUAAGGAAACUAGUUUGUACCUAGCGUGUAUUUAAAUUAGAUAUUUAUUAAAUAAUCUUUGUAUAUUAUGAAACUGCAGUUGUUCAUUUUUUAUGUCCAGGGGUGGCACUAGGCUUCAUACCGUUGAACUUUCUCCUAAAGCAUUUUGAACUAAUCAUGGAUAUUUCGGAAUUGCUAUCUAUACCCAAAACAAACAUGAGAUUUAUGGCUUUCAGAGUUACGAUAUAAAUCAGAUACUAGCAGAAAAAUUAAAAUGCAUAUAAUCUUAACGUACCUUUUUAAGUUUUUUAUAUAAAAAAAUAAGGUCAUGUAUUUAAAUGCUUUAAUUUUUGUAUUUUUACGAGUUACGUUACAGCUUCUAUUACAACGUUCCAUUGUCAUACUUGUUAGAUCAUCAAAUGCGGCAGUUAUUAAUUAUAAUAUUACAAGAAUGUGUUUUUUAUGUCAAUAUGAAUAUGAUAGUGUAAAAAAUAUUGAAAUAUGUAAGUAUAUAGUUAUUGAUUAAAUCUUAAGUAGUAUAUAAUUAGUGCCAAUACUGGGCCCAA